AUGCCAACAUGGAUAAGAAUGCGUUCAACAAGGGUAGACACAAAGGGCAUAUUGGUAACAUCUACCGCAGAUGUGGCUGUAUCUUGUUUAAGCCAGGCACGAUUUACUUCUGACAGUUAUCUUGCAUUGCCUACGACAAAACUGGGUCGAAAGUAUGUGGUUGCAUCUUAUGAAAAAACAAAUUUGGGGAUAAUUUCAACUGAAGACAACACAGUUGUCAGUAUCACACUCAAUGCCGACGGGGUUCUUCGAUACGGUCAAAAGUUAUACAGGAAAGGAAAAAAUAUUGUGUUGAGAUUGAACAGGUUGGAAACAUUUCACAUUGACCACAAUGCAGAUCUUUCUGGGACAAUUAUUGAAGCAAAUAAGGCUAUAGCGGUUCUAUCCGGUGAUAAAUGUGCUAAGGUUAACACUAGGUUUUGCGAUCAUCUCAUCGAAUUCCUUCUUCCCGUCCAGAACUGGGGCACAGAAUUUGUAGUUGCGACAACAGGGCAGAUGAACAAGAAAGCUGGAGACAUUUAUCGUGUGUUUGCUUAUGAAAACGACACUCGUGUUCGCAAUAAAGAUGGAUAUCGUCUGCUACAAUCUGGGCAGUUUACUGAAUAUGAUUUAGGGGAUAAGUUGGCUUCAUUCUUCGAGUGUAGUAAGCCUUGCCAAGUUGUCCAAUAUAUCAAAGGAUAUUUAGAAACGCGAGGUAUAGAGGUUGAUUCAUCAUUGCUUAUCGUGCCGUCUAUCGAUCAUUUCCUCGAUACGUAUAAUGUAUAUUUGUCUUGGAUGAAAGAGAACGAGUUCCAACAUUCUGUGACUCUCCUCACUAAAUCCUCCCAGAAAGAGGGCCUCUUAGUGAAUGGAGGAAACACGACUUCACUCCAAUGGCAAAACAUUGAAGGAACUAAAUUUUCGUGGACAAUUCUUCAAAUUUCAAGCAAGUGCACAAUAUCCCACAGAUCGCGUGAUUCGUUAUUUGGCGCCUUGGUAUUUGGGGAAGCUGCAUACCAUUCUCAUGGUUACCCAGCUGGAUUGAAUACUCUCAUAGCGAGAUCAGUCACAGCCACUUGGUCUCGAUGGUCUGAAUGGUCCGAAUGCACUGUUUCUUGUAAUACGGGAAUCCAAAUGCGAAAAGGACAUGUACAGGAACAAACUUAA